CAAUCUGUGUUUCUACAUUGCAAGGUGCCGCAUCAGCAUCCCUCCCAUCUCACCCUCCCAUGCUAAGCUAUUGCAUGGUUAGCAGUAGUCCUCUUUCUAUUACCAUACUCUGCUUCCUCUGCAGUGAGAUUGUGAAACCUUAGGGGCAAAAAAAAAAAAAAACCAUAGAAGAAAACAGAAGGGAGGAAGAUGGUAUGAAAGAGAAGAGGAACAAUGUGGACAAAGAAACUACCUGCUCUUCACACCGGAGCAGACUGGAAGGUCGUUCUCAAUUUACCAGAGAUUGAGAAGUGGCUGAAAACAACGAGCAACAGAGUUGCACAGCUCACUUACUCAGUUGGACAAGACAGUGAAAACAAACAUGUGGAUGUCCACCUGGUACAACUUAAGGACAUCUGUGAGGACAUUUCUGACCAUGUGGAGGAGAUUCAUGCUUUGCUGGAGACAGAGUUCUCCCUGAAACAUUUGUCUUACUCUGGUAACAUCAUUGUAGACAUAAGGACGGUGCAGCUGCUGUGGCAUCAGCUGAGAGUAUCAGUUCUGGUUCUAAAAGAACGUCUGUUGCAGGGUUUACAGGACUCUAAUGGAAACUACACGCGCCAGACUGAUAUCUUGCAGGCUUUAAGCCAGGACCAGCACCAGACCCGUCUGGAUGCUCUAACAGAAGUUGAUGACUGCGGUCAGCUGACAAUACGCUGCAGCGAGAACUACUUUUCCCUGGACUGUGGCAUUACUGCAUUUGAGCUAAGCGACUACAGUCCCAGUAACAGUCCCAAAGAUCAGGAAAUGGAUCCCACAACAGAGGACACCUUCCUGGAAAUCACUGAUACCACAAACACAAAUCUUGAAAUACAAACAAGUUUACCACAGCUCUCUGGUACAAAUGACUUGGAAAACGCUAAUAAUUAUACACCUCUAUUCCCUGCAAAUCAAAGUGAAAUUCCCAAUAACAGCGAAAGCUCGAAACAAACAGUACAAGCUGUUAAUCAGAGCACCGAGUCUUUACCCACACAUUCCUUGCUUCCAAAAAGCGCAGCUGUAUUCUCGAGCAAUGAUACCAGAUCAAUGGGAAGUUUUAGGAAGGCCAAUCAGGAAUCUGAACUGAAGUUUGAUGCUGAGCUAAGUCGAAGCAGCCCAUCUGUUCUGGAUCCUCUGGACAGAUCCAAGUUGUGGUUAGAACUGGGCUCAGUUCAUCCAGAAAAUGCUCCACAGUCAAGCAAGACGCUUCAGGGGAAAAAGGUUCCAUCAAAAACCAACCUUGCCAAGGAGCACUGGUUCGGGUCAGACGAGUUCCUGGCCCUCCCUGCUCAGCUUCAUGAAACUGAGUUGCUAGCUGUGAAAUUGGAAAGUCUGAUACAGUCAAGUGCCCAGGGACAGAUAAGUUUGCAGAACAUAGAUGACUGGGAGCUGUCAGAGCUUAAUGUAGACUGGAACAAUGGAGAAAGUGAAAUCAACAUAAAAAAUGCACCGGAAAGAGGGGAUAACAACCAGUAUCCCCUGCCAUCAUUGCAACCUUAUAAACAACACUCGGUCAGGUGCUUCAGCUCAACCUCCUCGAGCGAUAUUGCUCCCUCAGUGGAAGAAAGCAUUGAAUCGGGUCCUUUGAGUGAACUGCUGUCAGAAGAGGAAGAGAGGUCUGUGGAUUACUCCCCACAGCUAAGAGUGCCCCUGCUGGCUGGGUGUGGAUGUGCUUCUUCUAUGAUGAAAAAACUCUUGAAGAACAUCCAGGAUCGGAAUGGUGAUGUUUGGAGAAAGAUGGAGAGUUUUGUUAUGAAGUUGGAUGGAUUCAUCUCAUGGUUACAAGAGGCGCUAGAGAGCACUGAAAACUGGACCCAACCCAGGCAGGACUUGGACACCCUUAGGGUGUAUUUGGACACUCAUCUGAACUUCAAAAUAAAUGUGGAGAUUCGAAAAGCUUUGAAGGACACCAUAAUGGAGGAAGGAAACGCUCUACUAGGCACCAUCCCCUCCCAUCAGUUUGCUCUUGAGGAUAUCCUCCAUAUGGUUGAAAGCCAGUGGGAUCAACUCCAGCGGCAGAUCCGACGGCAACAUAGCUGGAUGCUUCGUGCUUUUCACUUCAUCCAAGCCCGCCUCCUCCACACCAGACACACACAGGAACCCUUUACAGCCAUGUUGGAUAUGUCAGCAAAGCGGCAGCUUCCGUGCUUUUCAGAAGAGCUAAAUAUGGAGAAAACUUCAACUCAGAGUGACAUCCAGGAAAAUACCCUAAAGACCAUGUCAGUCAAACUGGGCAACCUGUGCUGCCCCUCAUCCUCAAGGAGGGUUAGAGAUAACAUUAUCACCUGUUCACAGGAUUUCGAGGCAGAGUAUCAGGAACUGUGGGAUUGGCUGAUGGACAUGGAUGCUAUGGUAACUGACAGCCACCAAUUGAUGAUGUCAGAAGAGCAGAGACAAUACCUCUUCAAAAGCUGCCUCACUGAAAUGCUGAUGAUGGAGAACUGGAAGACUAGUUUGCUCAGACAAGCAGCCAACCUAAAGAGGAGUGGGAGUGUACAGCCAAGCAACUUGCACAUCAAAAUGCAUAACCUUACACAGACGUGGCAACAACUGGAGAAAAUUCUCUCUGAGAAUUUAGUGCCUUAUUCUUCUGACCAAAAGCAGUCAUCAAAUACUCUGCUUGUCAGUGGUCGAGAUGUUGCUGCUGAAGGUCCCCACUCAGUAUUGUCCCCAAUGACAAAUUCACUCCUGGAGCAGCUGGAGGCUCGUAUCAAGGAGCUAAAGACAUGGCUUCGAGAGACCGAGCUGCUCAUCUUCAGCUCUUGCCUGAAACAGGAAAAAGAUGCCUCUGAGCAGCUUCCAAAUUUCAAGUCCCUGUGCUCAGAGAUUCAAAUGCGACGACGAGGAGUGGCUUCUGUGCUGAAACUGUGCCAGAAGAUGUUGCAGCAGAGCCAGUUGAGUCUGGUGGCGGAAACAGGCCCCGAAACAGAGCGGCACCGAGAGGCCCUGCAGCUGAUGUCAAUCAACCUGGAGAGAAGGUGGGAGGCGAUAGUGAUGCAGGCACUACAGUGGCAGAACAGACUGAAGAGGGAGCUGGGAGAGCAGGUUAAUGGAAACAUUCUGGAAAAAGGCUUAGUGGAGCUCAACAAGAUUACCCCAGUAUCACUGGACUCUGUGGCAGGGGCACCAGAUGACUCGUGGGAAUGGGAUGAAAUAGAUAUGACCGUCAUGGAAGCAGAGCAACAAGAUGUACUACAACCUGACCUUACCACAAACCUCCCCAUAACUGUACAAUCAAAUUUGCCCUCAGACACUCAGUCCAAUGAGAUUGAAUUGGAUAUCCAAGAAACAGAGCAAAAGAAGAUGUCAUCAAUGGAAGUGCAGCACAGAGUUAACUCUGAUUCUCCCCCAAAAAAUAACAUAUAUCAGGUUUACAGCCUCCACAAUAUUGAAUUAUGUAAUCAACCUACAUUUUCACCAACUUCUACACUAAGGUACAUAAAUGAAUCGCUAACAAACAAAGAACAUGUUUUGUUGAAGAGUAUGAGUAAGGAUUCUUUGUUGUCUUCCAAUGAAACACUUCCAGACCUCUUGGGAGGUUUGAUGAAGAAUAGCCAGCAACAAAAAGGGGUCAGUGAAGUUUGGAAUAAUGAAAGUGAGAGUGGCAGAAGAAGUGAGAAGUCAGAAAAUAUUCUAGGAUCGGAUUGCGAGAGUGGGAUUGUAAGUGACAAUGGAGAUUCAGAGACAUCAACACACUCUGGAAUACAAGGGACAAAACUGGAUAAGGAUGUAGAAAAACAAGAAAAAAGAGACCUGGGGAAGGUUGAUGAAAAUCAAGAACAUUAUAGUUAUAAAAGAAGCAAGAUGGGAAUUUCUAACAAUUUGGAGGAAUGGAAAAUGAAAGAGGUGAGAUGGGAACCCCAAGGAAACAGGCAAGAGGAGGAAAAGAAGGGGUGCAAAGAUGUAGAAGGGGAGGCUGUUGAAAUAGUAAUUAAUGGACAGGGAAUUCUGGCCCCUGCAAAUUCGGACUCUGACCUUGAUGUAAAAGAACUUGAUGGCUCCUUCAAGAUUUUCAUGACCUCAGGUGACAAGUCAGAGUUUGAUAGUUACCAUUAUAAUAGUUUUGCGACGCCCCAAUCAAUCAACGGGAUAUUAAGUCCAGUUUUGUCUCAGAGCUCUUCUUUUGAGUCUCUGCUGACUCUGGGUAUUGAACUAUUCCCGUCUAAAGAACGUCUCCAUCAAAGCACAUCUUUGGAAAGUUUCCUUAAUCAGUGCAAUAGUCCUGACAAGGUGGUGGCAGGCAAUGUCACGAGUCCCAGUCUGCUGAACCAAGGACAGGAGAAACAUAAUAAUAAGGCUGGAUCAAGAGGAGACAUACAUAUUGUAACUGAGACAUCUGGGGAUCUUAGCCAAAAAACACUUGACCUCCUGAAACGUUUGGAGGAUAUUCAGAAUCCUCUGGUAGGGAAAAUGACACGCAGCGUCUCUGACAUGUCAAUUCAAAGCUGCACCCCACAAAACAACCAGUUACCUACUUCCCCCUCUUUGGGUUGCCAAAACACCCCACUCUCUGGAAUCUUAAGCACUUCAUGGAAAGAUGAGCGAAUGCUGAUGAAUGAGACUUUAUCAAAAGUAUCACUUAAUGAAGUGAGUAGCACAAAAGACUCAUCUCUGGAAUCUGAGGACUUUGUCAGACUCAGAAAUCAGUAUCACCGUUUUCUAGAUCCAAGCAUGGCAGCUAGUGUCACGUCCAGUUCUCGUAUGAAACAUUGCAACAACAGCAAAAGGGGUGGUAAAGGUGUAGAUGAGUCUGAUGCUGCGAGUUUAAGCAUGGUGGUAAACAUCUCAUGCACUUCAGCAGGCACAGAUGAAGAUGACAGUGAUCUGCUUUCUUCCUCCACACUGACACUUUCUGAAGAGGAACUUGGUGUUCGGAAGGAACAGGAUGGCUGUGACAAGAGGGUAAAUGGCGUAUUUACCGGCAAUGAGGAUGAGGAGGACAAUGAUGAAGAUGACAUGGACACAUCCUAUGAACUAGGGCUUGAGUAUAUGAAGACAGAGUUACAGAGGUGGAUACACUCUCCCUGCACCUUUGCUUCCUCCUCAGUCAAAGUAGAGGCAGGACUUUUAGAUGAGUUGCAGUGCGGAAGCUCUCCAUCCUCAACUUUCACAUGUUCACGUUCACAAUUAACAGAAACCAAUAGUCAGGAUGGGAACAAUACAAGUAGAAAAGCACACAAGAACAAAGUAAAUGUGAGAAAAAGCUAUAUCAGCCAGUUUGCAGAUGACGUGGAGAACGGAAAUAUAGACCACAACUGUUUACAUGUAAAAGAUGAAGAUGAUGACCUUCUCCAAGAAGAAUCCGGCUUGUUCACUAAGAAAAGACAUACUGUAAAGGAGUUAUAUAUGAAUACCAAAUCAGAAGAGCCAGUCCAAGAUGGUGGCGACUUGAGAGCUGAAAAUGAUUCAAGUUUAACAAGAUAUAUUUGUUCGUCCCCUACCAGGGAUCACCACCCCCUCUCUUCUAAGCAUGCUUCCUGUUUGGUGGGUGAGUUGAGGGGGGAGCUCCCCUGCCAUAGCACCUCCCUUCCUUCACCUCCUUUUCAGCCUACAGCCGACGGAAGAUCUCAUAGUUCAAUAGACAAAAGCCUCUCGAAUGCUGGACGUAAAGCCAUCACCAUUCAAGAGAAGUUUAAGUUCUCAUCACUGGUGACAGAGGAGACAAGGAGGGAAGUCAGAGCUAAAGAUUCAUCGCUGACUUUGAAAAAGGGAAAUGAAUCACAUUUGUCCUGCUGUAGUCCUUCUGUCUUGUCAACCCAUCCACAAAGCAGAAAUGAAUGCAAAGGGGAGAAUGCUCAUCACUUUGUAACUGAGAUUAUUGACAAGGCCUCUAUUGCACUGAAAAACAAAAAGAAUAAGUCAGAUGGAGAAAACCCGAGGGAGACCACUGGCUCUAUAAAAGACCAAUCCUCCACAUCAUUAACACACAUCCGAGACAAGGUGCUUCAGCAAUGCCACAGGCCUCUCCAUCUUCGGAAUGGAGACUUCUACUCCUACCUGUCACUCUCCUCCCAUGACAGCGACUGCGGUGAGGUCAGCCAGUGUGGUGAAGAGACGAGCUUGACUCCUGUGCCCUACAGCCUCGAAUCCUGUUUCAAAUUGACACAAGACCUAAACAAUCUAAGACCCAAACUCAGCACCACACAGCCAGCAAAUUCAAUCCAAUCCGCUCUCUUGACCAAAUCCUCUUCACCUUAUUUGACACCUAGGAACAAUGUUGGCCUAUUGGAUUUAAAGUGUUUUGACGGUGAAACUUGCAGUGGCCCUGGUGAAAGCCAAGCAGAGCAGUCUAAUAGCCCAUCUUUUUCCGUACCUAGCAGUCCUGACCUUAGGAAUGAGGAGAUGCUGUUUAAAGCUUGUACAGAGGAAGUUUAUCUAGGCCCUCCUCUUUGCUACAGCAUUUUGAUGAAAAAUAAAUCUUUACCAUUCCAGCAUACAGUGUGUUUGGAUACCUCUUCGGAUAGUGGCUAUGAGUUGACUGAAAACCCAAUAUGUUUGUCCCAAAUAGAGCCAAAUUCAGAGGGGGACAACAGGCUGACUGACUCGUCUUUGACCAAACAAGACUAUGGCUGCACAAAGAAAACAGAGAAGAUCUGUCCUCCUGUUUCAGAACCUUAUAACAGAUCAUUUUCCAACUCUUUGCUCUUGAAAGGCAACUCGAGUUUUUCAGGUGACAACCUUUCUUCUCCUGAGCCUGUUUCAACGAUUGCAAAAGAAGAAAAGCUCGGGGAAGACCUGUACCUGUCCUCUGAUGGUGUUGCAGGAAGAGUCUUCACUGCUGCGAAUGUCGGCAUGCCGCAGGAGGAGAGAAGUUGUAAUGAGGGCUCUUCUUAUCUUAAUCCUUGGAUGCGUGUUGCUCUGAUAGACUCCUUCACCACAGAAUGUUUGGGAGAUACUAAAACGCUUGAAUCCAAUAUGGGCACCAUAAUGACCAAGAUAAGUGUCUCCAGCUCUGCCACAAAUCCCUCAAAAAACCCAGCCACUGCCGCCACGCGUAUUAAUCCCAAAAUUAACUGCUUAGUGAUGAGAAAGCCUGAUAGAGAGGAGAAGAGUGGCAAAAAGGCAGAUACUCAAUGGGCAGAGGAGGAGAAGAGGAGAAGGGGGUGGAGCAGUGCACAGCAAGAAGCAAAGUCUACCAUGGUGAAAAAGGUAUGUGUUUGGCCAGUUGUCAGCCAAGCAGUUGGAGCAACACUAGAUGAAGCAAAUCAACAGAGAAGCUUACCUCGCCGCCUCUUGGAUAAUAGCAGCAGCACCUGUUAGUGAAAGAAUGACCAGGAUCCAGCUCUGAGGAGAUCUCUCACUCGUUUGCUGGGGGCAUCCUUUCUCUAUGCUUUUGCAGCCUUCGCCUGUGUGAUCUUCAUCCUCUGACUGAACUCUCAUCUGUUAUCAGAAGAAUUGUCUUUGGAGUUAUACAGGUUGUGAUUCACUCAAGUCGUCACUGUCAUGGGUCAAUGGAUUUGCUAAAUUUCCUGGUGAUACUUUUAGGUUACAUAAAAGUUUUGCUUGAAUUUAGAAUUUAAAUGCAUGAAAACUUAGUAAAAACUUACUUGACAUAAAUAAAGUCUAAUAUAACAGUAAAGCAUAUGUAUUAUCAUUAAUCAACUUUGUCAAGGUUGUUUAAACAGAAAUAGUUCUCAAAAGUGUACUUCGUCAAAUACUACAAUAAAUGUGUGCUCCAUUGGUCACAAUAAGGGGGUUACACCGGUUUUGUCCAAACUUGAAUGUUUAUUAGGAAUUCAUUUUUUUAAUAUUGUGAAUAUUUAUUAUUGUUACAUUUUUCCACAAUCCGAAUUCUUCCCAAACUUUUUAUUUUGACCAAAUUAAAGUAUUCAUAUAGUUUACUUUACUGAGUAUGACUGGAUUGAAGCAGGAAUGUGCUGUUGUAUCAAUUUCAAUUGUCAUUUCAAGACAAUUAUUCUUAUUUCCACAUUGCCAGACAGGACACUAAAAAAAAAAAAAAAAAAAA